AAAGCCCAAAACUUUAUAAACUGCGGAAGCAGCGAGAGGCCGAGGCGGCUCGCCCGUACGCGCGGCCGGAGGAGAACACCCCAAAUCCCAAUCGGAUCGCGAGGAAAGCUACGGGGUAGUGUGGAUGGCGCCCUCCUUGCUCGCCUCGGUGAGCCAAAUCCUCGCCGUUCCCCGCACGGGAAGCCGCAGCCGGCGGCGUCUGGUCAUCGCCUGUUCCGCCGGUGCUACUGCUCCUCCCAAGCUGGUGACUUUCCUCGGGAAGGGCGGCUCAGGGAAGACCACCGCGGCCGCCGUUGCCGCUCAGUACUAUGCAAGUGAAGGCUUGAGGACAUGCUUGGUCAUACAGUCCCAAGAUCCCACUGCUGAGCAAUUGAUGGGUUGUAAGAUCGGUAACUCGCUGGCCGAAUGCGCCGCCAAUCUUUCCACCAUUAAGCUGGAAACUAGUAAAAUGCUGCUUGAACCCCUUGAUCGGUUGAAGAAAGUGGAUGCACAGAUCAAUCUUACUCAAGGGGUCCUUGAGGCGGUUGUAGGGGAGGAACUUGGAGUUUUACCUGGAAUGGACUCGGUCUGCUCAGUGUUAGCUGUUCAGAAGCUACUUAACUUCUUUUCAACUCAAAAGAAUAGUUCACAAGAGGAAUUUGAUGUGGUGGUAUAUGACUGCAACAAUACAGAGGAAAUUCUACGGCUGAUUGGUGCUACUGAGAGGGUGAGAUCUUACUUGAGGUAUGUGAGAGAUCUAGCAGACAAGACUGACAUUGGAAGACUGGCUUCUCCUUCCCUGAUGAGACUAAUUUAUGAUUCUGCAAGGCCAAAUGGCAAAACUAGUGAAGGAAAACUGAGUUCAGAGUUAUGGAAUGAUAUCGAACAACUUCUUCAGAAAAUAUCGGUUUGGUUUGCCGAUCCCUCAAAAUUUUCAUGCUUCCUCAUCAUGGAUCCUAGAAGAUCAAUCUCUGUAUCAUCUGCAUUGCGAUACUGGGGUUGUACCACUCAAGCUGGUGGGAAUAUAUGUGGAGCAUUCGGUUAUACUGAACAGCCUUCUGAAAUGCACCAAGGAGUUGCGGAGAAGUUCUUGCCAUUGCCUUUCUCUUUUCUGCCAUUUCUGCCAACCGAAUCUUCAGCAGAUUGGAGUAGAACCCUGAACUCAUUGAGCCAAAAUACAAAAGAGUUAUUGAGGAAUACAAGCAACAAAUUAUAUCCUUCAGUUAGUUUUGAUUCUGUCCAGAAAUCGGUGACCCUUUUCAUGCCAGGCUUUGAUAAGUCUGAAAUCAAACUAUACCAAUACAGAGGUGGAUCAGAACUAUUGAUUGAAGCCGGCGACCAGAGGCGUGUCGUAAAGCUUCCACAGGCGAUGCAAGGCAAGGUUGGGGGUGCCAAGUUCGUCGACAGGAACCUAAUUGUUACCAUCCGGUAGCAGUGCGUCCAGUGAGCAGCACAGCGGGAACCUGAAGAUGAAGUAAUGCCUGCCUGUCAGAAGACUCAAACUGGUAAAAAAAACGGCACAAUUUUGCACGAGGCUUGUUGAAUUGGGUUUGAUAUACUAAUGCAGUUCAUAUUUCUAUGUAUUCAAAUAUAUUUUUUAUACAUUAGAUUCAAAAGGUAUAAUUGGAUUUGAAUAUAACUUAGCCCCCGUUGAUUUGUAGGAUAGAAAAAAAAACGUAGGAGUAGGAAAUUAGAGGAAUUAAAGUAGUAUGUUUCUUUAGUCCUACAGGAAUCAAAAAACACAUGACAUGAGGCAUUUGAUAGUGCCUUAGGAAAAACAAGGAAUGUUUACAAAGAGGUCGUAUCUCUUUCUUUUUUUUUUCCUAUGAAAGUGAGGCAUAGAAAUGCAAUGGGUGAAUACUCAAUC